AGCAGUCGAGGGGAAGAAGACAACGAAGAAGAAAAGGAGGCGGAAACGAAUUGACGCGAAGUUGGGCUUUCACGUCGAUUGCAACAGCAGUUUUGGACUUUUAUUUCUGUUUGGUGAAAGUGUUUGUGUGUUUCUUGUUGGAGUUUGUGCAGCACCAUUGGACCUCUUUUGAAAACUUUGUAAUGUGCAACCGCCGCAUGUGACGGCACCUCAUGACAACCACUUGCCAGUAGAAAGCAGUGUUGCAUCACUCUGGGAAAUCAGCACAGCUUUUGAGUUGAAGAUAAAGGCCAUGGAUGCAGAAAACGCUCGUAUCCACGGCGACACUGCAUCACUCAGCUGCCAACAGGAAGUGGCCUUGACCCUCUCCGAGAGACGCCCGCUGGAUCCCAUGCUGAGCGACAGCGAAUCAGAAGAUGUCCUCCAUGCUGUGGACCCCAACGACGUGUUUGGCGGCGGCGGGCCGUCAUCAGGGAACGAGGACCUCAUCCCACCCCGACCUGUUUACCAACUGGUGUAUGACCUCAGCAGCGAGGAGGGGGAGCCGGCAGGGGUGGACGUCAUCGCAAUCCAACUCGAGCCGUGGAACUCGCAUCACUUCCUGUCUGACGCCUGUGUUGUCGGUGAGCUGCCGCUGGGACAAGAGCAUUUCGGCGUGCCUGCUGACCAAGAGGUAAAAGCGAGUGGCACUCUGCAUCUGACGGCAGAAGAGGAGAAGCUAUUGAGUCAGGAGGGUGUGUCCUUGCCCGAUAAGCUUCCUCUCACCAAGGCCGAGGAACGCGUCCUGAAGAAAGUUCGGCGGAAAAUCCGCAACAAGCAGUCGGCGCAGGAUAGUCGGCGCCGCAGGAAGGAGUACAUUGACGGCCUGGAGGACAGGGCGGCAUUGUGCUCAGCGCAGAACAAAGAUCUGCAGAAGAAAGUGGAGCAGUUGGAGAAACACAAUAUGUCUCUACUGACUCAGCUGCGCCACCUUCAGUCUCUGGUCAAACACUCAGUGAGCAAGGGAGCACAGACCAGCACAUGCCUACUGAUCAUCUUCAUCUCGUUGAGUUUGAUCAUGCUCCCCAGUUUGAGCCCGUUCAGCCGGCGCUUGUCUGCAGAUGACGACGACCGGCCCACUGGAGUGCUUUCCAGAAACAUCUUGACUGACUUCGCCUCCUCGCUGACACCAUCCGAUGAGACUCUCCCGUCGGACUCAUCUGUGCCGUCGGACGUCAGCCAAUCGGGAGUGGAUGUCCAAGAAGCUGGGCAGAACCUUGAAGGCGUCCCAUCUAACAACACGGUGCUACAAGGUGUCCAAUCUGGAAAUAGUUCCUCUGAGUCACCCGCUCAACUUGCUGCCAAGUUACCGCAUGCUGAUGAGAUGUAGACACGUUGGAGAAUCAGUGUCAAUCUGCAAAGCCGGUUCCCCCUCAGCAGUCUUCUUAAUUAAUGAACUCUGACACUAGACUCAUGAGAGACCUCUCCCUGAGUUACAAAUGGCCAAAGCUCUGCGUCAUCUGCAAACCCAAAACAUGGCGCUUAUCUUUCUGGCUGGACUCAACGUCCUCCACUUUCUUCUUCCUAUUGUCAUGUCAUGUUGUAAAUGUUGAAUUAAAUGUACAAAUUGUUCGUUCA